AUGAUGUUCCAGCUCACCUCCAACUUCGUCGUCCUGGCGCUAUUUGCCUCGGCCGCACAGUCUGCCUAUCUGGGUUGCUUCUCUUCGUCGACAAAUCUCAGCUUCAAAGAACACGAUGUAUAUCAGUCCCUUGGGCAAUGCCAGCAAGUUUGUAAGGCGGCGAACCUGCCCAUACUAGCUACCACGAAAGGUACCGAUUGCUUUUGCGGAGCCGAGGCGCCCCCUCAGAGCGACGCCGUAGCAGACUCAUCCUGCAACACCCCCUGCUCAGGGUACGCAGAGGAUAAGUGUGGCGGUGAAGGGUUCUUCUCAGUUUCCAGCCUUUAG